CUGCUUAACCCCUGAAACUGAACCUCUCUCGAGAUGGCAUCCUCUAACCCUCUACGACCCCAGAACAGAACUCAGCUGGAUCAUACUGGGAUCUUGAAGAAUCAUGACUUGAAUAAAGAUAAACUCAGUGCUGUGCCCUCAUCUAAAAGAGGUUCUGAGAAUCUGGACCCAAAUGCCUCAACUGAAGCAGGAAAGGCUGUUAAUAAAAUGAGAUGUGUCAGCAGGCUUCCAGUCCUUGCCAAAUCUCUCCAACCAGGUCUAACUGACCUUACCCAAAGUCCUAAAUGGGAACAGAGGCCCCUUAUGGAUAAAGCUCAGAAACAAUGGACAUGCACCAAACCAGUUCCUUUUAAAUUGUCCCAGUCAUGCGUACACAGUCAGAGAAACACAGUUGCCACUGGCAAAUCGCACCUGACACCUUCUGCCCAGUUAACACCAGAGGCAAAUCUGAGAAACUUAAAUCCAAGUGCAAGAACUGAAACUACGAGCCGUAAAGCUACCACACCAGGUGUUCUAAGGACUCAGGCAAACAAGUCACAGCAACAAGGGGCACAAUCUGUUGUGCCUCAGCCUGGUGGUGAUGUAAAAAGUGUGGCAUCAACCAAAGCAACAGCAUCAGGCUCUACUGAUGGUUUCCCACCUACAGUCUGCAGUCAAAUUGAUUUAAGUUCACGUUUAGGUAGCAUCACUCUUGUACAAUCUAAGCUUCCCAAAGACUCCGGUUUGAGUCAUUCAUAUAAAACUGUGCUCAGUAAAGUAGAUGUUGGUUUUGAUUGUCAUUCACCAAAAAACAAGCACGGUGUCCAAACUAUGCAAACUAAACAAUCAGCUACUGAUGCACAAAGCCAUGCAAGCACUACAGGGUCAGUUCCAACUCUUUCUUCAGCUAUGCACGGUGUCCUCCCAUGUGACGGAUCGAGUUCUGGUGAAGCUCAAUGCGUGAUGCCGCAUUUGUCCACCUGCCCCCCUGGACCAGGAACCUCCAAUAAUAUGCCUCAAAGAGUUUCUGUGAAGAAGAGUCAUCGUGGCAUUGACCGCAACGCCGAGAAUGCCGGGUCCUUUUCACCUAACCUAUCGUCACUACGUAGUAUUCUGCAAAACGAAGGAAUUAAAGUAGGAGAUAAUUUUGGGGCAACACCCCGAGUAUCAACCUGUCCCACUGGCAGAGGAACCUCACUAUAUUCUGCUCAAAGAGUACCUGCCAAAAAGACUCAAAAACAAACUGCAGUAGAGGCCACCAGCCCUACAAAAAGUGCCAUGUCCUUCUCCCCUGACCCUGCAGCCCUGUGCAGUAUUCUACAGAAUGAAGGUGUGAGGUUGGGGGGGGCUGGCGGAGCAACACCCAGAAUUUCAACCUGUCCCACUGGCAGAGGAACCUCCAUUUAUUCUGCCCAGAGAGUACUCGUGAAGAAGACAAAAACAGAAGUCACAGCAACAGUAGCAGCAGCAUCUCAUUGUGCAAAUAGAACUCCAGUGAUGAAAUGGACGCCUCAACGGGUUGCAAACACCAAACCACAAUCAAUGAGGAAGCUCUUUACUGGACAAAAGACGUCCAGAUUUAGGGACUCUCCAGGUGUGAGCGAACCCCACGACCCCAGCACUAUAGUCUUGACAUGCCAAGAGCAGGGAGAUGAUGUUGUUCAACGAUUAUUUAAAGAGCCAGAGCAGAUGGACGAUGAACAGAUGAAGAAAGAUGGUAUUUCACUUGAACUACUGAACAGUCGCCAAACUGCUGAACCUCACAUUCACAUUGAAAAUGAUGACAAGAAAACAGCCCAGCCUUUCAUACAAGCAAAACACAGAGGGUCAGUCAUUGUUUUCUCAUCAAGCCAAAGACUCUUGGGAUCAGGCUUGCAUCAGGAGAACCCUUUGGCUGGGGCCCCUCUGCAGCUCUGUAGAGACAGUGAUGCAUCCCAUGGUACGCUGCCACUGCUGUCAGACCAAAGCAAUGGAUCACAGAUCACUCCAAUCUUAGAUUAUACUAAACAAAUCAACACCGGCACAAAAAGCCAAUCAAAAGUUCCUCCCCUUGUGUCUGCCCUGUGGCAACGUCAUACUCCUCUUGAGGAGUUGUUUUUGAAUGACGAAUGCGCUACAUACACCUCUCGCCUGCUGUCUUGCCCAGUGCAGCCACGCUGUGGAAACCCUGUAGCCACCACACUUCUGUUUCAAGACUCCACUUGUUUUUUACCCAUUGACCCCCCAUAUGUCUGAGUCCAGUUACCUCUGGUUCUUCAAUCAGGGUGUUCCUCCAGAAUAUUGCACAAUCCAUGCAUGGUACAUAUUUCAGUGGAUGUCUGCCUGAAACAGUGUUGCACUUUUUAUCUGUAGCAGCACACCCAGCAAUUGGCUACUGAUUGACAAUUAGAAUAAAUAUGAUUUUAAAUGGGAUUCACAGUUGAAAAUAUGACUCUUCGUAUUAUUGGAAACUUCCCAAAAAAUAUAGCCUGUACUUGUCACUGACUGGAAAC